CGCGGGCACGCCUUCAUCGUAUUCAGUCAGUCCAUUGAGGAGCGUACUCGGGGCGCCGCGGAGUGCCUCAAUCUGUUCGGGGCUUACAGCGCGCCGCGGUGCACGCCGGAGCGCUUCUCGGAUGUGGGCGAUGUUUUGCGUCAGCGCGUCCGCCGCCUGCAUCGUCAGAUGGGGGCCCCGGCGGGUGCGUCGGCCCAGGAAGCCUGCUCAGAGCUGUUGGGCCGCCCGUGUCUGCGCUGCGACACGUCGAGCGACUUGCCGCUGAGGCCGCAUGCGCCGCGCAUCGUGAGCUGGCCCACUCUUGGGAACGAGCCUGGCUGGCUUGCUGACCGACUCGGGCCUGGCGAUCGACGCUCGCUCCCCGACCUCAGCCACGCCUUGCCGCUGCCGUCGCCGAGCGUCGACGCAGUCGUGGAGGAGGGCGGGGGGCAUUCGUUAUAUAUAGACCCUGCGCUUGAGAGGAAUCGCACGAUGCACGCGGAGUUUGCGGGGUCAGGGGUUUCCAGGGGCGUCUUCGUAGCGGGCAAGACCAGGAUCGAGGGCGUCGGGGUGUUCUUCGCGGCCGAGAAGGAUGGCCGCAUCAGGGCGCCCGAGGGGGCCUCGCUCUACUUCGCGGGAGUUGACGUCCAGAGCGCCUUCUGCCAGCACAAGGUGCCCGCCCACCAGCGGCCGGUCUCCUGCCUGCCCGCGGCCGCCGCCGGCGAGCUGGGGGGCGUCGGCAGGCUGGGCGGGCGCCGCGCGGCGCCGCGGACGCGUCUGCGCCCGCAGCUGGCGGUCGCGCCGAUGGGCUGGAGCUGGGCGCUUUGCGUCGCCCAGCAUGCCCACGAGCGCGCGCUGGGAGGCUGCCGCGCCCUCAGGCCCGAGCUGCGCGCGGUCGAUUUCGCGCCGCCGCCGUCGCCGCUCGACCAGCCGACCCACCCCCUCCGCGUCGACAACGCGCUCGUCGUUGGUUCCGACCGCGAGGAGGUGACGCGCGUCAGGCGGUUGGCUUCGGAGGCGCUGGAGGCGGCUGGGCUCGCCGUUCACGACGAAACCGACGCCUCGGAGUCCAUGGCGACGUUGGGCGAGCAGGGUGACCAGCCGGACAUCGAGCGCGCCCUCGGUCAUUGCACCUUCGCGGCCCUCUGCCGCCGCGAGAGCCUCAGCUGCUUCAGCGCCGCGUCUGCGUUCGUGCAGCAAGGCUACCAGCGCGCGCGGCCACUCUGGGCGUCCGCGCGAAAGGAGCUCAGGAUCUUCCGCGGGGUGCCGAUCAUACUGCGCGCCCAGCUUGACGCCCCCUGGUCGUCGCAGGUCGUCGUGACUGAUGCUUGCGAGACGGGCCGCGCGUCGAUGGUCGCCGACUGGAUGACAG